AGGCAAGAAGAAAUCAAACGAAGGUUGUUUACAUCAAAAGAACCCCUGGCACGAACACAAUCGCCACAGGCCGGCGCUGCCAGGACAUACAUCGACGACGGAGCUGCGCCAUGUUGCCUUGGUUGAAUGCAAACCGCGACAGAUUAUCUACGUGUGCCUGAUACACUAGUACACACAAAGUUGCCCCGACAUCGUUCUGUGAGUCGCUUCGCUCUUGAAGGCCUUAAAACCUGUAUCGAAAUCAACAUUUUUCAGCGUUCAUUCAUUUGCUUCGCAUAGCUCACCUUGUUAGCUGCGCCGGGUUAACCUAAUAAGCCAGCGCGGGGCGAGCUGAGGAGCCCGCGGUUGGCAAUGUCUAAUCUACAGGGAGGCGGCGGCGGCGGCGCGGGCUACAGCCACUUCGCGACUGCCAUGCAGCACGGCGGCGGCCCCCACGGAGCCAUCGCACCUCCAGGCCCCUACCAGGCCCCCGGCUCAGGCAGCCGACCGCCGGCGCCCUCCCACCCGCCGCCCGGAAACGCCGCCCCCGGCGGCCCCGUGCGCGGCCCCUCCCCCCGCGACCGCGGCGGCCACCGCGGCAGCGGCGGCGGCGGCGGCGGCGGAGGACACCAGCGCCGUGGCUCGCGCGACAGUGACGGCGGCGGCGGCGGAGCCGGCGGCGGCGGCGCGCAAGCGGCGGCGGCGGCAGAUGCCAAUUGCGGUCUCGCCAAUGGCGACGGCGCCGGCAUAAACGCAGCGGUGACGACGCCGGUCGGGACGCCAGGCAAGGGCUCUCGCCCGCCGCCGCCGGGCUUCGGCGCCGCGCCGGCCGCCGCCGCCAAGCCCACCGGCGCCGUCGGCGGCGGCACCGGAGGCGGCGGCGGCGGCUCUCAGCCGCCGCUGCCGCCGCAGCCGACACAGCAGUUUAUGGCGGGCGCCGCCGCCCACCGGCCGCAGCCGCUGACGCCGUCCGCCAUCGUGGCCGCCGCCGGUGCCGCCGCCGCCGCCGCCGCUGCCGGCAAGCAGCCCACCAGCGGUGGCGGCGGCGGCGGCGGCGACGCCGCCACCGGUUCGGGCGCUGGAUCUGGAUCUGGACCUGCUUCCACGCAUUUGAAUCCGACGGCGCCGCCGUUCCGGAGCUUGGCAGUGGGCGGGAGCCUGGAGUCGGUGGAGGGAAGCCUGUUGGCGCAGGCGGAGGCAAACAAUCUGAAGGACACGCUGUCCAAGAUGCGCAACCUGAUCCGCCAGCGCGAUGCCAUCGACACCCGACUGCUGUCUGAGACCAGCGGUCUGGUGGCUGAGGCGGAGCGAGUGGCGGAGGCGCGGGAGGCGGCGCGGGAGGCGCAGCAGGCGGCGGAGGCGGAGCGGGCGCGUGCCGAGGGCCUGGCUUCUCAGCUGAGUGACCGCGAGGUGCAGCUGGCGGCGGCGCGGCGGCAGCUGGAGGAGAAGGAGGCGGGCAUCCGGUCACGUGACUCGCAGGUGGGCCGCAUGCAGGCGGUGUAUAAUUGGGAUAUGAUGGAGACGUAAGAGGUGGUUGGCAGGGAGGAUAAGGAGGAGCUGGGUAAGGGUGGUUAGGGUUAGGGUGGUUAAGGGUGGUUAGGGGGUUAGGGGGUGAGGGGGAUGAGGGUGGUUAGGGUGGU